UGACGCUGAUGUGCGAUGCGCAAGAUCAUGAGUGGACAAUCUCCCUCUGCUCCUCACCACCAUGCGUGCUCUUGUAGUCAGAGAAUUCGCCCACCCGUCCAAGAUCCCGCUCACCCUCGACGCCCCCGAGCCCAAAGCUGGCGAGGAUGAAGUGAUCGUUGAAGUGUUCAGCGCCGGCCUGAACUUCUACGACAUCCUGCAAUGUCAGGGAAAGUAUCAGCACCUGCCGCCGUUCCCCUUCGUGCUCGGCACCGAGUUCGCGGGGAGGGUAGCCAAGGACUCGCCCAUUCCCAAAGGCUGUCCGUUCAAGCCCGGAGAUAGGGUGUUUGGCGGUGUGCAGGGAGCGUACGCGGAGAGGGUCGCUGCGAAGUGGAAGCUGCUCCUCCCUCUCCCUGCGAAUAUGUCCUACGAUCAAGGCGCAGGGUUGUUCGUCACUUGGCCGACGAGUUACGAAGCGUUAGUCGGACGUGCGGAACUGAAGCCAGGCGAGUGGGUUCUCGUCACUGCAUCUGCAGGAGGCGUUGGUAUUGCUGCAGUGCAGCUGGCGAAAGCUCUCGGAGCAAAGGUCAUCGCAGCAGCCGGAUCGCAAGAGAAGCUGGAUGUCUCCCUGCGCUAUGGUGGCGCUGACCAUGCGAUCGACUACACCAAACCGAACUGGCAGCAGGAAGUACUGAAGAUCACGGGAGGGAAGGGUGUCGACGUUAUUUACGACCCCGUGGGACUCAUCAAAGACUCGCUGAAGUGCAUUGCGUGGAAAGGCCGGGCUCUCGUCGUCGGCUUUGCGGCAGGCAAGAUCGAGCAGCUGCCGCUCAAUCUUGUCCUGCUCAAGAACAUAUCUAUCGUUGGCAUUCACUGGGGCGCUUACGCGAUCAAGGAGCCAAAACGCGUUCCGGAAGUCUAUGGCGCCCUCAUCAAUCUCUUAUCCUCUGGACGCGUCACACCUGUCGUGUACACCGAAGUGUUCCCAUUGGAGAGGCUUGCCGAUGGCCUCGUGGCUAUCGAGCAACGUAAGACAUGGGGGAAGGUCAUUACACGUAUUAGAGAGGACGAUAUGACAUGGAAAGCGAAGCUUUAGUGAAUAACACCAGUGCUCCAUAUUCAGAAUCCGACCAUCGUUACUUAUAUCUUUAAAAAUGCGGGCCUUAAAUUCUUC